AUGAAACGGAACGUGGCAGUCUUUUUUGGAGCUCUUUUUGGUGCCCUAGGAGUUCUGCUCUUCUUGGUGGCUUUUGGGUCAGAUUAUUGGCUGCUUGUGACUGAAGUUGGGAAAUGUUCAGGUGAACAUAAUGUAGAAAAUGUCACUUUCCAUCAUGAAGGUUUCUUUUGGAGAUGUUGGUUUAGUGGUGUUGCUGAGGAAAACACAGUCAACAUUUGGAAAUUCUGGUACACAAAUCAGUCACCAUCUAAGAAUUGUACACAUGCUUACCUCUCCCCCUAUCCCUUCCUGAGAGAUGAGCACAAUUCAACUUCCUAUGACUCUGCAGUCAUUUAUCGUGGUUUCUGGGCAGUGUUCCUUUUCCUUGGUGUUAUGGCAGCAAUAAUCGCGACCUUCUUCAUCAUCUGCGCUGCUCCCUUUGCCAGCCAUAUUCUGUUUAAAGCAGCAGGAGGUGCCUUUAUCACUGCUGGUAUCCUGUUCUCCCUGGUGGUGGUUUUAUAUGUCAUCUGGGUCCAGGCUGUAGCAGAUAUGGAAAGCUACACAAAUAUGAAGAGGAAAGACUGCUUAGAAUUCACACCCUACGUCAUGUAUGGCUGGUCAUUUUUGCUGGCUCCGGCUGGGAUAUUUUUCUCUCUCUUGUCUGGAUUACUAUUCCUCUUAGUGGGGAGGCAUAUUCACAGAUACUCUUAAUCAUCUUUCUGCCAUCAUUGGAUAUCAUAAUUUUGUUGAAAUGUUUAACUGGAAUGUAAUCUUUACAUGGUAUUUCAAUUAUUCCAUUGUAGAGUUGUUUGGUGUAACUCUAUAGGUGUUUUAAAUGAGUCAUUUUAUUUUUAAUUUCUUUCUGACAAGAAGGCACUCAGCUCCUUCUAGAAAGCAAAACCUCUUAGUUUUAUCCAAAUGUAAUUAUGAAUUUUCACUUCUUUUAGGAACUUUCUCUCCUCAUGGGUCUCUCUCUCUCUCUUUUUAAAUAGCACAUAAAGUGUUAGAUUUCUUAGUUCUGGAAAACUGAUAACAACCAAACAUCACAUGGGUCAAAUAAGUUUUUUUUUUUUUAAGCUGCCUCUUAGCAUUAACUUUCUUUGCUUUGGAAAAGAAAAAGAUCUUUGUAGAAAGCUUGAGAAUGACAAACAAAUGUUGAUAGAGUAACUCAAUCCAUCUUUCCCCCACCAGACACAUUCAUAUCUGCAUACACAUUAAUUGAAACUGAUGAACAAAUUCUUUACUGUUUAAAAAUAGACGCCAGUUGUUCCUAGUGUACAGACCAUAAAAAUCCAUCAGUAAAAUGUAACAGAAAGCGGGGGCAGACUAACAUGUACAUAUACUACUUAGAAUAGAAUAUUUAUUAAUUUUUGUAAAUUUCAUUAUCUUCACUAAAAUUUUGCAUGUUGAUGUAAACCUUAAUGUAUAUUAAGAGAUGGUAAAGAUAAAUGACAAAAUUAAUAUACCUAGUGUUGAAUGGAUAAAAAAGAAACAAAUAUGGAGUUAAAUCAAUAAAAUGUUAUGUGUAAAGAUUUUUAAAAUUACAUAGAAAUGAAAAACCUUAGCUUGGGGUAUAAUUCUAUUUAAUAUUUUAAAAUUCCCAUUUUGAAAAUAUAUUGCUAUGAUGUUUUCAGUGUGAAAGAUUUAUUUAUGGGAGUAUGUUUUUAAUAUUCAAAAGUCACAAACAUUCAAAAUAACUUUAUGUGAGUACGAGACCAGAGUUGUUUUGUUAAAUAAGGUAAUAAAUUAACUUUUCCUACUCUUUUUAUUUGCCCUUGAACUCCUUUUGAGUAUAUAGCUUCUUUAAUUAUGGUUCUUCAGUUUCUUG